AUGUACCGCGACGAAAGGGAUGGCGAACCCUCCCCGCCUCGCUCCCGUUCAUCCUCUAGAAGGAGCUCGGCAUCGUUAUCCCGUCGCAGCAGCAUCAAGAAGGACAAAGAAGUAAAAAACACACUCUCCAGCACUCCUAGUUCUGCUACUUCUACCCCAAAGAAGACUGUCAAAGCACAGAACUUGGAACUUCUUGUUACAGGGAAACAGUUUUUAAAAAGAAGCGACCGGGCGAAUUCCCUACCAGGCUCUUACCGUCGUCCAUCUACUGAUUCCCCACCAAAGACUAAGAAACCAGUGGAGACGAAGAGAGCGAGCGAAAGAAUUUGCUCACAGUCAUCCAAGAGCCAAGAAACUUCUGUAGAAGAUGAUAUGUCCUUGGAUCUUUCACAAGUGUCCGACUUCGAAGACACCAACUCGAAAUACGGUGUCAAGAAAUUCCAAGCUCUAGCCACAUCCACUCCAAAGGUGAUCAAAGGGAAACCAAGGAGCGCUUCGUUGCAGAGUCAGAUACACUCUCAAAGAGUGGAGACUAGGAGGGCACUGAAGUCUUUGGACAGCACCAAGCAGAGUUUCUCUUAUAGUAGAGACAGUUUCAAGACUUCUUCUACGAGCAGUCCUCACAGAUACGGUCCGGAGCUAGAUUAUUCUUCUGUGUCUCCGGAGUAUUCCGGACAAUCAUCUACUGAUAUGUCUCCUAGAGCUAGCCAGCUGGACCAAAUCUUGUCGCCCAAGAGUCAGGAUCUUCAAUUGUCCAGUUGCUGCAUCUCAACGUGGGCUGACUGCAGCGAACCAAACACGAAAGUGGAACACCGUUGCGAUGGUGAAUGGACCUCCUUCUGGGCAAACUAUAACAACUCUGUUUCAAAGGUGCCAAUGAAGAACUACUAUGAUCAGUGUCCCACACCAUACCGGACAGAUACGUUCGAUUUGGCUGACUUCGGAGAAGUUGAUUUCUCAGACUGCUCCAGAAAACGUUCACCAGACAACAUAGAUGCUCUCAACAACAUAAUCCGCAACCAGGGUCUGCACCUAACACCUCGGGAGACUCAAAAUAUUAUCAAAUGCGCACACUUACUUGGCAACGUUCUCACAAAAGCAAUAGAAAGAAGAUCUAAUUCGACUGACACAGAAGAUCCUGAGUUGCUAUUAAGAAAGAAGACGAUGAAACUAGAUUUGAAAGAGACAGUGAUACCAGCAGACAUAAAGGAGGAAAAGAGAAGUGAGACGGUCACGACACAAACUGACAUUUCGUUACCGAACACUAAAAGUGCGCCAAGAAUUUUCGAGAACAUUCUUCGUCAAUUGUCCAGAAGUUCUAUAGAUGUCGGCAAAAUUGAGAACAAAGAUAAAACAGAAGAGAAGAAAGAGAAAACAGAAGUCAAAGAGAAAUUGGAAGUAAAUAAAGAAAGUAUAGAAGAAACAGCAAAAGAGGCACAUAAAGAAAAGGAUGAAGUUAACAAGGAAAAGGCAGAAGCAGUCAAACUUGAAGUAAAUUUAGAAAAAUUGGAAGGAAAUACAGAGAAUGUUGUUUUAAUUAAAACAGAAGAAGAUAAUACGAAAUGUUGUGAUCAAUCAGAAGGAGAGAAUACAAAAGAAAUUAUUAAAAUAAACGCGGAUUAA